CUUACCUGUGGAUCGAGAUUAAAUGGGGGGAAUAUACAAAGAAAAGAAUUUAAAUAGGAGUAAUGUGAUUGAUUCGUCAGGAAUUCGUCGUUCAGUACGGGCGAGAGGACGUCCGACCUCCUUGUAACCGAGACAAGAUCGUGAUACAUGCUUCGUCACCUGACGUGGAUGUAAUCUAACGUUAAUUGAUCAGGAAUUUGUCAUUUCUGUAGGACUGGUGCUAAAUUUACGACAUAUCAAUUAAACGCUUAGAUCGCUUAGAUCGACCUAAUGGGGUUGAAGUGAAUAGGAUACGACUCCACUUACAUCUACAGAAGUUCUAGAGGAGAGACUGUAAACUGAACAUGAAAACCAGUGUGUUUAAGUGCAUGGCUUUACUGUGUGUAUAUAAAUAAUUAUAAGAUGGAUAAUGGAUUUAUUACACCUUAAAUUUAUUUUACUACGCUGACCAGGUGAGAGGAUGUAGUGGCCGGAGAGUGACCGUGUCUGACCAGUCCGACUGGUGUAACUGUGAAGUAGAACCGAGGGAUACAGUCUCGUCCACAUGACUAUCACACCUUUCGCGCUGUUAUGUCACAGAGUUCUGAUCAGGCGACAUCGAGUACCCCCGCUAGACCAAUGGUAAAGGAGACAAACAAGGAAGGGAGGAAGCAACUGCCCUCUAUCCCUGACACGCAGACCCAGGCCGCCAUGGCUGCCCGCCCCAAACAGCACGGCUCCAUCGUCAAGGCUAACACCAACAGCUAUGGGCCAUUCAUGCUGGAGUACUCCCUCAUGGCAGAGUAUAACUUGCUGAUGCAGCAGAAAACACCAGGUUGCUACGUGAUUCCCUCAGCAAUGUCAUCCCUGGUGUGGUAUGGAGUGCUGUUUAUCAGACAAGGGCUGUACCAGGAAGGAGCCUUCAAAUUCACUGUUAUAAUUCCAGACAACUUCCCCAACGGGGAUUGUCCUAGUCUAGUCUUUGACCUACCGGUCUUUCAUCCCCUGGUUGACCCCCUAACGGGACAACUAGACGUCAAGCGUGCAUUCCAGAAAUGGAGGAAGAACGUGAACCAUGUGUGGCAGGUCCUGCUGUACGCUCGGCGAGUUUUCUACAAAAUUGACAGCAAGUCACCGCUCAAUAAAGAGGCUGCUGAACUAUACGAAACAGACCUUGAGUCUUUCAAGAAAAACGUUGCUGAAUCGGUGGAGAAGAGUAAGGAGCGGCUAAAUGACCCGGUCAAGUCGGAUGACCCUCACUGCCUCAGGUUUAGCCCCUGGGACCCCUCAAUUCACGAGGAAAGUCGACAACAAAUGCUGAAGACGAAGGUAAUGGGUUCAGAUGUAGUAGUCGAAGAAAACAAUUCUCCCAAUGAUGCUGUUAGGUCAAGCGAAAACGAAAGUGACAACGGUCCAAGAAAUGGGGCCCCUCAGCCCGGUGUGUCCAGUAAAGGCCUGUCGUGGAUGAAACCAGGAAGUGUACAGAUAUUUGCACGUGAUGAUCCGGCACUGGCGUAACAAGACUAUUCGUCACUGAGAUACUGGGACAAUUCUUCGUCGUCAAGGCAGAGAAAUUCUGUACUCACUGACAGAGCCUUCAAUGUUGGAAAUAUUGAUAGUUAGUACUGAGAUAUCAGGCGACUGAGAUACAGCACCUGUGUGGAUGCUGGCAAAUUGUGAUUUUUCCUGGUUGAUGAAACUGAAGAAAAAUUGUGACUUGUAUGAAUUUAAAGGCUGUGAUGGAGUAAAAUUUUGCAUGUUUUCUUAAUCACUAUAUCUUGCCCAUGUGACAGUGAUUUUUGACUCAACACAUGCGUAUCUGAUCAUUUAUAAUACUCAGCUUUGUUGGAGACGUUAUGUUGUUACACUGUGUUUUCAUUGGUCUGCUUCGAGGCCAUGACUUGUAUAUUACACAGGAGACACUGCGGACUGAGGCUAUAAAACAGGAAAAACAAAACCUGGGGACCUGGUAUAGUGUAUAGAGUGGAAAGCCUAUAGAGCAAACUUAAGUGGAUAUUUCUUUUCUGACGAAUUUCUCUCAAGUUUACUCUUCUUUUUUUUUGCGGGGUUCUAAUUUUUUUUUUAGCAAUUUUUGCAGUAACAAUAUUUCCACAUUUUUUUUAGCAGAUUAUAUCCAUCCUUAUUGUACCAUUUUGUGUCAUGGGUACUACAACUGAAAUCCGUGUAAAAGAAAGUCAGCGAAAUUUAGCAAAUUUAGGAAAUCUGCAAAAAUUUGGGACUGCAAAAAAACCCACUUAAAAUUACAGUAUUUGAUACAAAAUUUUGCUGUGGUUUUCUGGUAACUUGGAAUCUAUAAGAUCAUAGAUUGGUUUGCCUGUAAUAAUAUUUGUGUUUUCACUACAUCCAUUAAAACUGCAAAAAUAAAAUUCAUAGCAUAUACAUAAGUUCCAUACUUUACAACAUAUAUGAUGAGAAAAAGAUUAAGGAAGGGGUAAUAUACAACAAGGUUUAUACAUAAUUUUUAAUUGUAUUCAUUGGCACUGGAUUUGGAUUUUGAGUUGGUUUGGUCCUACUAGUAAUUGGAUGGAUUCUGAUGACGUUUAUACGCGGAGUAAUGUACCUAGCUCUCGCGAUCGCUACAUCAUGUGAUUUGAUUAUCUUUAUAUCCACCAGGUUUCUGUUUCUGACUAGCAAUGCUGGAGAACCUUUGAUUUUCCGAUUUACUCAAAUUUGAAAAUCAUUAUUUAAUAUUAAAAGGAAUAUAGAUAUUUUUCAUAACAUUAAUUAGGUUUAGUGCUAUCAAUAUUUGUCUGGGCAGAGUUCAUUCGAAAAAUUUCUCGUGUAAUAUUUUUUCUGAGUAUCCGUCAGAAAAAUCCUUUCAUAAAUGGUAGAAGUUCUUUGGUUUAGAAUGGACUCGGCCCGAGGGUUCUUGAUGCAGUCAUACGCCAUUUUGUAUUAUUUCAAAUGCCCAACAUACAAUAUACAGUAAUGCAAUUAGUUUGGGCUAUGUACCCGUAUAUAUGUGGAUCAACUCAUUCACCCCUGAAAUUUAAUAUUGGACUAUUCCAACCUUUUAAUUGGAAGAGUUCAAAUGUGUCUUCAGGGGUGAAUGAGUUAAGGUUUGUUUGUAUGAUGAACUUCAGUACUUAAUAUACGUUAUCUCCGGACUACUGGUGACGGUGUGGUAUACAGAGUUAUUUAUAGAUUUAUCAAGAAAUAUCUGUCUUAUUUUAUCGCCAAUUAUAUGACAACUUGUGUUGUGAAUUGCC